UUGUUUAUAAUCUCAGAAAGCAUCAAAGAAGAGCAGCAGGUCGUCCCAACUCCUAUGGAUAGGAACCGUUUCAAUCUUGUCUUUUUAGAGCCUGGGAGCGUACUAGUUAAUUGUCAGGGUUCUCCUUUAGAAUGUCUGCAAUGCGGAGUCCCCAUAGAGGGGCUGAAUGAGAAUAAUUUUUUUUGAGCGAGGCCGCCGUUUAUAUGGUGAAGCUGUCCUUGAAAUUGAUUCACUACCUAUACCAUACGAAGUGAAACCAGUUGUGUCCGAUGCUUGGGCUGAUUUAAACUGUGAGGGUAACACAGGCGUGUUCUGGGACGUGGUUGAUUUCCCAAUCCACGUUCUACAUUCUCCUGCUUUGACUUCUGACCUGAUCAAAUCAGGUCUUCGUCGACAGAGUUGCUGUAAUGGUUCUGUGUCAAUCCGGUUGUACGACGUCGAAGAUGAGAUGAAACAAGAUCUGAUAGAUGAAUAUGAGGCUACCGGAAUCAGUUAUAAUCUCGUACCCGAAGUUGCUGAGGCGCAUGGAUAUGCUAGAGAUCAUAAGAUGUUAGUGGACAUUCUUCGGUGGGCAGUGGACAAUCCUCCAAACUCCAAGUUGAUCGUGCUCUCUAAACACUUGGAUGAAAGUUCUCUCUCUUGUAUUCAAGGUUUGCAGGAUACAGGUUACAGCUAUGUUGUCUUAGUAGACACACCUGCGCGCUCAGCAUGGCUUUCGUGCGGCUAAUGUAUUGCUGAUGUUUUAUGUUAAUAGUGGGUGUACUUUGUUUCUGACCAGAUUUUCUUUCUCACUCUUGCUAGAAUAGUGAAGUUAAACAUCGUCGA